AUGUUCGGAUCUAGUCAACGCGCCUGGGGCCCAGGCAUGAUCGUCCUCCAGAUCCUGCGUGUCUUCACGAUUAUCAGCCUCCUGACCGCCGGCGCCUCUUGUUGGAUCCUCAUCAUCAAGAUCGACACCUCCAAAGGCUGGUUCUUUUUCGAGGCUCUCUCUCUCGCGAUGAUGAGUUCAGCCACCAUUUUCCUCAUCAUUUCCGAGUUGCCCUUCUGCAGAGCGUAUUUCUCCAAUCAUUGGCCCGCGUUCUCCGACGAACACGGCCUCUUCUGGCUCGGAAUCGGUCUGCUACUUAUUGGGACGAACCUUCUCGGCAAGCUCAAUUCGUCGGACUAUGGUCGCGAUGAUUUGGGUCUUCCCUUUUGGCGACUCAUCAUUUCCGCUGGCAUCUUGACCUGCACCUUCGGCGUCAUGAACCUCAUCUGCACUUUCGUCUUCCGAGGUGUUAACGUCAAUGCUCGCAAGAUACGGUCCAAUGGAUCCCUCGCGGACGAUGAAUCGUUCGGCAAACCCCAGUCUAACUACAGCGCAUCAUUUACUAAUGAAGACCGACCCAAGAAUACUUUCAAGAGAUUCUUUUGGGACAGGAAGAACGAGCCCAUACCCCGACGACCUACCAUAAGUCAACCUAUCACUCGUGAGCGUGACCUUGAGCGCAAUGCCCCUCCUCCCCCUCACUACGAGCAUCAAGAACCCUCUUCCCUCAGCCGGCAGUCACACGACUCAGGCGAAGACCGUCGUAGCCCCAUCGUCCCCGAAGUUCGUCGCCCAGAUACAGCCCUGCACCCGAUUAAUAUUCGCCCGCAUAGCCCAAGCAUGUACUCUGAGGCGCACAUGUCUCGAUUCUAGGAAGAAUCGGCGCGCAAAUAGGAGAAAGCGCGGAAAGUAGCGGAGGACAAAAAGCAAUCGGCACAGGCCGUGAAGACGGUCAACGAGACUAUGAAGAACAAGGAGAAUGUGCAUUGCAACUCGGAAAGUUGUAACUGCAAAGGUUGCGUGCGUGAAGGAAAAAAUGAAGAAAGGCGUUAAGGCAUUAGGAGUCAACGAUACCACGUUUUGGAUUUACGGCUUUCGUUAUUUGUUUUCUAGCAGGGAUAUC